AAAAAUACUUAAAGAAUUGUAGAUAGAACCAUUAAAAAAAACUCAUUCCAGAAGAUGAAUCUUGUCCAAAUAAUCAUCCUAACUACACUCGUCCCAAUCAUAUCAGCAAUAUACAAUGGCUAUCAAGCUGAACAAUAUCAAUUCCCACACAUUGUUCUUAUUAAUAGCCCUCAGUUUUACUGUGCAGGUGUUCUGAUAAGCAAACAGUACGUUCUGACAGCUGCACAUUGUUUAAUGUCUGUUCCGAAAGGUGGUUCAAUAAAAGUAUCGCUUGGUGUUUAUGAAUACUAUGGCUCAUCGUACUCGGAUGGUGAAUUAGUCAAGUCGAAAAGAUUUUGGAUACAUGAAAACUUCUCAAUGCCAUCGGCUGUGCAUGAUAUUGGAUUGAUUGAACUGCCAAAGAAAAUUGUUCCGUCAAAUAAAGUGAAUUUUAUUAGCAUUGACGCUCGGAAUUAUCCAGACUAUGAAUCGAGAGAUAAUCAAGUUUUGAUUGCUGGAUGGGGUUUUGUGAAAAACCAACAAGUCGCCAAAAAGUUAAUGUUCACAAACAUGACCUUGAUGCCAAUUCAGGAAUGCAUGAAGUAUAGUAAACAUUAUAUUGAGAAUUUGACUUAUAACCACAUUUGUGCAAGCAAAAUUACUGGAUUUCCAUGCAAUGGUGACUCAGGAGCACCUUAUGUUUCCAUCAAAACAGGAAAAGUUGUUGGAAUUCUAAGCUAUGUAAAAGAUGCUGAAGAUGGAGUUGACAUGGUUUCGGUUUCUGAGUUUGAAGCAUUAUCAGAUUGUGCAAAUGUGAAGAAGUUGAUCUUUGAAGGAAAAGUCCAGGAAAAAUCAAUUCAAUUGGCAAUUCUCCUAACACUUGUGCUUCAAAUUUUACCGGCCAAAGUUCUCCCACCAAAGUCAGUUUUGGGAUAUUUUCGUGACAAAAAGUUUGACGACUACGAAUUAGACCUUUGGACAUUUACACUCAAAAGCAGCUCAGUUAUCAAUUCGACCGAGUUUAUGAUCAUGUCGCGUCGUGCAGAAGCUGUGAAAGCAUUUAUGAGUAAUAAUUUGAAAAAUAUUGAAUUUUUGCCGGAAAAUGUGAAUGAAAAGUUUCCAAAUUUAGCCAUUUUUGAGGCUUUAAACUGUUCAAUUAAGGCAGUGAGGAAGGAAAACUUUUUUGGACUACAAAAGUUGGUGAAAUUAGUGCUGGAUUAUAAUGAAAUUCAGGAACUAGGUGCUGAUGUAUUUGAUGACUUAAUCCGACUCAAAACAUUGUCAAUUCAGUAUAAUAAAAUCCACGACAUCAACGCUGCAGCAUUUAAAAACCUAAAAGCACUUCAUGGUCUGUACAUUGGCCACAAUAAGCUUAAGUACCUCAACAAAAAUCUUUUUGAAAACCUACUGGAAUUAAGGAACCUCUCGAUGCAUUACAAUCAUAUUACGUACUUGGGUGAUGAGCACUUGAUGCACAACUCAGAGUUGGAAUACAUGUGGCUGGAACAUAAUGACAUAAGUCAUUUAAGCUACACAAUGUUUAAUUAUAUGGAAAAAUUGAAAUUUAUUGAUUUUAGUUUUAAUUUACACAUGUGGAGUGGAUUUGUGUAUGAGAAAAAUCAGGAAUAAAGUUUUUUAUGGGAUUUUAAACUUU